AGAAUCGACACAUCUUCAUCAUGGUGACAUCAAACCAACUUGGCUUUGCUAGACUGUUGAUGCAGCUUUGUGUAAAGAACGUUCAAAGUUUCUUUUUAGCGCUGUUGAGAUGGCUCUCCAUGCAGGUUUCUGGCGCACAUGUGCAACAAACUCCUGCUAGAAAGAUCAGCCGCCCAGAGAGUCGCACCAGUAAACAGAAAGAGGGAUCCAGAGCUCCGUUCACAACUCCAAGCAGUGUAAACUACCAUUUCACCCGGCAGUGCAAUUACAAAUGCGGCUUUUGUUUCCACACCGCGAAGACUUCUUUCGUCUUGCCUAUUGAAGAAGCAAAGCGAGGCUUAAGACUGCUGAAAGAAGCAGGAAUGGAAAAAAUAAACUUUUCUGGAGGAGAACCCUUCGUUCAUCAGAAAGGCAGUUUUCUGGGAGAGCUGGUGCUGUACUGUAAGCAGGAGCUGCAGCUGCCGAGUGUCAGCAUUGUUAGUAACGGCAGUCUGAUCAGAGAAAGCUGGUUCCAGAAAUACGGGGACUACUUGGACAUCCUGGCAAUAUCUUGUGACAGUUUUAUUGAAGAGACCAAUCAACUUAUAGGUCGAGCACAGGGCAGGAAGAGCCAUUUGGACAAUCUACAUAAAGUUCGUAACUGGUGUCGAGAGUAUAAGGUGGCUUUCAAAAUCAACUCGGUCAUCAACACAUACAAUGUGGAAGAAGAUAUGACCGAGCAGAUCACCGCUCUCAAUCCAGUACGUUGGAAGGUCUUCCAGUGUUUGCUAAUUGAAGGUGAAAACGCGGGGGAGAACAGUCUUCGCGAGGCAGAGAAAUUUGUCAUUAGCGAUCAGCAAUUUCAAGACUUCCUGGAGCGCCAUCAGAGCAUCCAGUGUCUGGUUCCAGAGUCCAAUCAAAAGAUGAGAGACUCUUACCUGAUUCUUGAUGAAUAUAUGCGCUUCUUGGAUUGCAGAGAGGGAAGGAAAGAUCCAUCAAAGUCCAUUCUGGAUGUUGGUGUGGAAGAAGCCAUCAAGUUCAGCGGUUUUGAUGAGAAGAUGUUUCUCAUGAGAGGAGGAAAAUAUGUGUGGAGCAAAGCAGAUAUGAAACUGGAAUGGUGAUCGUCAUUAAUUUUGCUUAAUUUAAAUUCUACAAUAUUGUUACAGAUUAUCCAUAAGCUGAUAUAGGUGCAUAAAUGUUGGUAUAUUCCUCUUGUUUUAUUGCACUGAUAUAGAUAUAUACAGAUUAUUAAUAUAUAUAGAUAAAUAGGAUAUUUUAAUAUCUUUUAUUUUGUUCAGUAUUUGCAUUGCAGUGCACUAUUUUUUAUUCUUAAUAUGCUUUUAUGUAAUUGCUGAGGAAAACUAACAACAAGUUAAUAAACUUACAUUGAUUAAGUGCACUUUAAAAGCAUGCAAGCACUUUGAUUAAUUAGUAAAUAAGAUUUCAUUAGUUUGCAUGUAUUGCACAUUUUCAUUAAAGGAAAAUGUAAAGGAAUUGUUCCCAUUUUAUAGGGAAAUCUGUUAAGUGUUUGUAAUAUUUAAUGAAACUUUUGGUUUAUUUUUUAAUAUUUAAAGUGAAAAUGUAACUUUAUUGUAUUUGAUAUUAAAUUAGUUUUUUUUUUAUUUUGGAAAUAAAUAUUUUUUUUACAUUAA